AUGACAAUAGAUGCAGUACAAGAAGCUGCGACUGGUGGUCUUUUAAUUGAGGCUGAUAGAGACUUUCCAGAGCCAUAUGAGCGCUGGAGCAUUUUACAAGCUGUGUUCUUUUCAUCGACUGUUUUAACAACAAUAGGUUAUGGUAACAUAGUACCAGUAACAACUGGUGGACGUGUGUUUUGCAUAGGAUUCGCUUUAAUUGGAAUUCCAUUUACGCUUACUGUUAUCGCAGAUUGGGGUCGUCUAUUCGCUACAGCGGUUUCAGUUUUUGGCAAAUAUAUGCCAAAAAAACCAAAAUUCACAAACUUCAUUGGGAAGACAUGGUUCUAUGCCAUUUUAGCUGUGUGUUUUCUGGGUGUUUAUUUGGCAUUCGGAGCUGGUUUACUCCUGCUGUGGGAAGAUGAUUGGAGUUUCUUCGAUGGUUUCUACUUUUGCUUUAUUACCAUGACAACGAUUGGUUUUGGUGAUUUAGUGCCAAAGAAACCCAAUUACAUGCUACUAUGCACUUUGUACAUUUUAAUUGGCUUAGCGUUAACAUCAACCAUAAUAGAAUUAGUUCGCCGUCAAUAUGCCACAAGUUGGGCUAAAUUGCAAGAACUUUCUGGUCCCAUGGCAGAAACUUUACGACGUUUAGGCGAGACUGCUGGCACUGGUUUGGAUUAUACUGCGUUACAAAAAAUUUUAACGGUUUCUAUGCCAAAAUGGAAUUCCUCAAAGAAAAAUGAACACAACUCGGACAUAGCAGCUCUGGAAGCCAUUACCAAUGCCAUUCUGAAGGAAGUUAAAGAAGCUCAAAACAAUAAACCAAAAGUUUUGCAAAUUGUUAUAUACGAGACGUCGGUGUAGUUAAAAAAAAAAAAUAAAAUAUAGAAAAAAUUAUAUUACAAAAUUAAGUUAAAUCUAGUAUAUAAAUAGCAACUCGCUAAUUUUCAGAAAAAAUUAUUUAAAAACACAUUUAUUCAAAUUAAAGCAAAGACUGCACAAUAUCACAACUGCAGUUGAUAUCUAAGCAUAUUUUUAGGGUGCAUAUUUGCAUUGUCAACACUGUUUUAUAUGUAAAUUUAGUCAAACGUACUUUUAAGUUGUAAUUUUAUAUUGUAUAAAAUUAGUUUUUUGUAAUCGUGUUGCCUACAA